AUGUGCAAAAUCCGUGUCGUUCACUUCACUCUCUGUGGCUCAACCCGCGUCCCUAUGUCCCUGCACCCCUGGACCGAUACCGACAUUGCCUCUUGGCCGUACGACGCUAGCAAAACCCUCAUCGCCACCGGUAGCUGCCACACCUGCGAGUGCGAGAGCAUACACUUGUGGCAGCGCUACCGCUCCUAUAUACAGCAACACUAUGGUCUCGACGACGAAUCCCAAUUCGUCUUUAGCAAACACCUGCGUCUCUGCAUGUGGCAUCGAUGCUGCUUAGUCUGGGAGCAGAGAACUUGGUGUCCUGUGGUGGGGAGGAGAUGGAAUGCACUGGCGGAGGAGUGGGCGGAUGAUGAGUUUUUUGACCCAGGGGUAGCAGCCCUCUUCAACGACCCCCUAGUUGCUGUUCCCCAGCCCCAGCCCCAGCUCCAGCCUCAGCCCCAAUCCCAGGACGACAGUUUCGAUUCUGACGCCAGCUCUCCCCCAGAGCCAGCCUGGUCCGACUUCUCCUCCUCCUCCGAACUCGAAGUCCCCGACAGCAUCCACCUCCAUCGCUCCCACAACCACCUCGAACCAAUCCCUGAGGCCCUCCAUGCCUGGGAACUUGCCCUACACCGGCACCCUGAACAUGACUGCGACAACAAGUGCGUCUUGAAUGAGUACCGCCCACUGGCCGAGCUCAUGACCGAGAAAGUAGCAGCUGAAGAGCUCGACCUCAUCUCCCCUGCUUCGGAGGCGCCACAUAAAUGCGAGCUCUGUGGCCAUGAGCAACCACGUUUCUGGUGGGGGGAGUCAUGGGACUUGCCGGGCGCGCAGCCGGAAGGAAACAUCCCCGGCGUAGCCGGUCCUGAAAUCACAGGCGUCCGCUUCCCAGGCGAGAUCCUCUACCGCGAGGACGGCCAACUCGCUCCGUCCGAAUUUAAAAAUGACAACGACCAAGAAGGCGAAGAAGCGGCUGUCAGUAUGUCCAACGAGCUAAUGAUGCUGGACAUGACCCGCGGUGAUUUCUACUGGUACUCUGCCAACCUGUUCACGCAAAAACUUUCUUUGCGCGAAACGAUGGACACUCUUCGUCACAUGAAGGACCGCGAGCCGUAUAUCUUCGGCGAGGACAUGGGCAUUAUCUUAUUAAAGACCUACCCGCUGGAUAUACUUUGGUAUUUGCGCGACCUACGCGUGUUGAUACGACAGGCAGAAGAAAAAAUUGAGAAGGUAGCGGACAGGUGGGUGACUGCUAUGUACCAUCUGGGGUCGCUGCUUGAGUCGCUGAGGAGGUAUCCUAAGGGACCAGGAGACAGUGUGCGUGGGCUUGGAGGGGAGUUUGAGGUGACGUGGGAGAUGUUGCAAGUGGGGAAGAGUGAAGACGGCAAAGAGGCAAUGGAGAGAGUUAUGGAGAUGGAGGGGUCGUUGAAGAAUGUGGGGGAGUAUAAGUUGUUGUAUAAAGAGUUGAGUGAGGUGUUGAGGGUGCCAAAAGUUUUGAACAAGAGGUGGGAAGAGAGGAGGAAGAAGUUCACGUUGCGGACGCCGAAGGAGAGGAUAGGGUAUUGGGCUUGGAAGAAGAAGUCAGGGUGA